AUGGGCACCCGUCCUUUCCGACGGCUGAUCAGGUGGGUUUCAUAUUGGAAUAAAAACUAAAACUAUUUUUUCAGCACAAUAUUUUCAAGCCCCUACGAAGUGCGACAACGCGUUUCUUCAUCGUCUGGCCCCACGGCUUCCUGCGUCUAGGAAGAUGGGCGUCCGUCCUUUCCGACGGCUGAUCAGGUGGGUUUCAUAUUGGAAUAAAAAAACUAAAAACUAUUUUUUUCAGCACAAUAUUUUCAAGCCCCUCCGAAGUGCGACAACGCGCUCCAUCACCGUCUAGCCCCACGGCUUCCUGCGUCUAGGAAGAUGGGCGUCCGUCCUUUCCGACGGCUGAUCAGGUGGGUUCCAUAUUGGAAUAAAAACUAAAACUAUUUUUUCAGCACAAUAUUUUCAAGCCCCUCCGAAGUGCGACAACGCGUUUCUUCAUCGUCUGCCGCCACGGCUUUCUGCGUCUAGGAAGAUGGGCGUCCGUCCUUUCCGACGGCUGAUCAGGUGGGUUUCAUAUCGGAAUAAAAACUAAAACUAUUUUUUCAGCACAAUAUUUUCAAGCCCCUCCGAAGUGCGACAACGCGUUUCUUCAUCGUCUGCCGCCACGGCUUCCUGCGUCUAGGAAGAUGGGCGUCCGUCCUUUCCGACGGCUGAUCAGGUGGGUUUCAUAUUGGAAUAAAAACUAAAACUAUUUUUUCAGCACAAUAUUUUCAAGCCCCUCCGAAGUGCGACAACGCGUUUCUUCAUCGUCUGCCGCCACGGCUUUCUGCGUCUAGGAAGAUGGGCGUCCGUCCUUUCCGACGGCUGA